AGAGCCCAGCAUGUCCCAGGUGAUGCCCAGCUCGCUCAUGGCAGGAGGCCCCACAGUCGGCUUGGCUCCCUGCGAGGAACCCAGGAAAGUCCUGCAUGCAGCACCCAGUCCCAGCCUGCCAGCCCAGUGCCCUUACUACACCACAGGAGGCUGGGGGACCCAGUUUAUGAUGGCCCCUGCACCUCAAACCUCUGUACCCAGCAGACUCCAGAAGGCCCCCCAGGCUGCAAGCAAAACCAAUGGCCUGGUGCAGCCUCCUGGGGCCCAGGCACCAGGAGCCAUGGAAGACCUUGACUCUUACCUUGACUUUUCCCUGGAGACACUCAAGCACAUGAUGCUGGAACUGGACCCCAACUUCCAGCUGCUCCCCUCAGUUGCUGGUGGGCCCUGGACUGAGCCCACCCAAAGCACCACCUCCAAGGUGAAGAAAGAGGAGCCUGAAGCUCUGGAUAUCAAGUACAUCGAGGUGACCUCCACCACAUCGCGGUGCCAUGAUGGCCCCCAGCGUGGCCCCAGCCCGACCACCACCCCGCCCUUCGGCUCCCCGAACACUGGAGGCCUCCUCCUCUCCAGAGAUGUACCCAGAGAGACUCGAAGCAGCAGCGAGAGCCUCAUCUUCUCAGGGACCCAGGGAAGGGGGCCUCAGCGCCUCCCUCCCCAAUCAGGGGUUGCCUCCGGACAUCCCCCAGCCUCUUCUAGCAUCUCCAUCCCAUCCAUGGGGAACAGGGCCUCAGGUUCCCGUGACUUGGGAUUCCCAUGGGGGGCUUCUCCAGGCAUAGAGAAGGGGCUGGGAACCCUAACUCCACAGAGAGGCAGCAGAGUCUCUGUACUGUCGGCCAGCCCAGCAUCUGACAUCAGCUAUGUCUUCGGAAGCAAUCAGUCCCUGCCCCACUCCAGUAUCUGCAGCCAUUGGUCCUCCUCCAGAUCCUCAGAAAGCCCAGCCAACUCUUCCUCCAGUCUCCAUAGCCUUUUACAUGGAUCCCCAUGUACAAAAGCCAGUGACCUCCAGGCCCCCAGCACACCCACCCCCAUUCGGGGCCCCCGUGGAGCAACCCGCUCACCACCACUGGCCAAGGAACAUGCCAGCAGCUGCCCUCCAUCUAUCGCCAACUCCAUGGUUGACAUACCCAUCGUGCUGAUCAACGGGCGCCCAGAGUCAGGAUCUCCUCCAUCCCAGAGGAACCCAGGACUCCAAGACCUUGUUCGAUCUGGGGUUGCUUCUGCCAGUUCCCCGGGACCAAGCCCCAGAAGCCACAGCCAGACCCUGCCAGAGGCUUCGUUCUCCGCAUCCCCAGAGGGGCCCACCAGGGACAUGCAGCCCACCAUGAAGUUUGUGAUGGACACCUCCAAGUUCUGGUUUAAGCCAAACAUCACUCGAGAGCAAGCCAUCGAGCUGCUGAAGAAAGAGGGUCCAGGGACAUUCGUCGUUCGAGACAGCUCUUCAUACCGAGGCUCCUUUGGCCUGGCCUUGAAGGUGCAGGAGGCCCCCACACCCACACAGAACCAACCAGGCCAAGACAACAGUGACAUCCGCCACUUCCUCAUUGAGUCCUCUGCCAAAGGGGUUCAUCUCAAAGGAGCAGAUGAAGAGCCUUACUUUGGGAGCCUCUCUGCCUUUGUGUGCCAGCAUUCCAUCAUGGCUCUAGCCUUACCCUGCAAGCUCACCAUCCCGCAGAAAGAAUUAGGAGGUGGAGGGGGUGCCACCGACCCCUCAACAGAUGGCCUGGCGUCCAGCCUGAAAAAAUCUGCCGGCUGCCAGGCGCUGUACCUGAGCUCUGUGAGUGUGGAGACCCUGACCGGAGAGCUGGCCGUGCGCAAGGCUGUGUCCACCACCCUGGAGAGGGACGUCCUCCCCACGCCCACCGUGGUCCACUUCAAAGUCACCGAGCAGGGCAUCACCCUAACUGAUGUCCAGCGGAAGGUCUUUUUCCGGCGCCAUUAUCCCCUUGCUACCCUCCGCUUCUGUGGUCUGGACCCUGAGCAACGCAAGUGGCAGAAGUACUGCAAACCAUCCAGGAUCUUUGGGUUUGUCGCCAAGAGUCAGAUGGAAUCCCAGGAGAAUGUGUGUCACCUCUUUGCGGAGUACGACACGGUGCAGCCAGCUGUGCAGAUGCUAAGCCUGGUAGACACCCUGAUGCGGGGGCCAGAGAGGGUGUAG